AUAAACUUUAGUCGGAUUGGUUUUGAUACGGCAAUAUAUUUUGGGAUCUCCGAUCACAAUUUGAUGGAGCUUCGGAUUGCAACUGCUGCCUCAGUUUAUUUAUCUCACAGUUCAGCACCCUCGAUUUGUUAUCAUUGUUCCUUUGCGCCCACAAAAUGAUCAAACAAAAUGGACUGGAAUGGGUGGCCGACACAUUUGGGCUCGAGCCGCGUUGGACAUCUAAGCCUGAUAUAGCAAAAAGUCGAAUCAAUCUUUCGAAAGCAUUUUAACCUUAAGGAAAAUGAUUUUUGCCAUCUUAGCUUUUAUGCUCAAGGAGCUUUCAAUAAACUAUACAAAGUCGAGAUCGAAAGCGGAUGCUUUUUAGUUCGUGUCACACUGCCUGUCGACCCCUCCAAUAAAACAAACAGUGAGGUAGCAACUAUCAACUUCAUUCGCCAAACUACAGAUAUCCCAAUAUCACAUAUCCUUGCAUUUGAUAAUACUAGUGAGAACGAGCUUGGGUUCGAAUGGAUACUAAUGACUAUGUUACCUGGUGGGAAUUUGCGAACGAAAUGGAGGAAAUUGUCCCAAGAUUCCAAACAGAAUCUGGUCAAGCAGAUCGUACAAUAUCAAGCCCAGCUUUUCGUCACAAGUUCUCUGCUAUUGGCAACAUGUUUGUUGCCCCAGAAUCUCAACUUGUGAAAGGGCAUCUGUCUUCUAGUAUAUUAUUAGCUGGUGCUAAAGGAACACCACAAGACUCAUAACACCUGUCACUUGCCCUGGGACAAAUAGUGUCAAUGUUCUUCUUCUGGGGAGAUCACACUACACAAGAUCUGCCCAAAGGACCAUUCACCAACAGCAGAUACUGGCUCUGCGCUCGUCUUACCUUGGCCAUUAACGACCAGGAAAGAAUUCUCAAAACAACCGACGACGAAGACGAGAUUGAAGAUGCGCAGGACGCCAAAAUCCUCGCUGAGAGACUUCUUAAACUUCUUCCCAGCGCUUUUCCUACCACUGAGUCCAUUCCAGAGCAAACUGUGCUCUUCCACGACGAUUCAUCUUCACGAAAUAUCUUAAUAGACGACGAGGGCACAAUCACGGGAAUCGUCGACUGGGAGUGCGUCUCCACACUCCCACUAUGGAAAUCCUGCGACUUCCCAGAAUUCCCUAAAGGAAAGGAAAGAAACGAGGAGCCGGACAGAAACAACUACGCUCCGGAAGACGAGGAAGAUGCCAACGGACCAGCAGCAGAUGCACUUGAUAAUGAAGGAAUUAACGAUCUCUACUGGGAGCACCUUUUAGAAUACGAAUCGACCAUGCUCCGCACACUUUUUCUAGACGAAAUGCAGAAAAUUGCACCAGAAUGGAUUGAAGAGUCUACGAAAGGAGCAGGGAAAGCGGAUUUUGAAAUAGCGGUGCAACAUUGCGAUGGUGGGUGGUCUGUUAAGCGGCUUACGGCGUGGCUUGAUGCAAUUGAGAAGGGCGAGAAUUGGAGUUUGAGAAAAAAUAUUUAUGGGUAGUUAGACUGCCAUGGUUUCUUUUUCCGAUGUGCAAUGUGUCAGUUCAGGUAGAAUAAGAAAUGGAGUUAUGAGAUGGGGAAUAUGAAUAUUAUGAAUAAAAUAGAAUGUUUAAUGAAACAUCUAUGACUUGGAUUGAUAAAGUAUUUAGUAGUCUAGCUAGUUAUUAAUCAUUAAUAUAUCUAGAUUUCUAGCUUGAUAUUGUUCCAUGAGAAAUACUUCCUUAUCUCAUCCUCAAGACACAUUAAUAUGACCUUGACUGCCAAGGCAAAGGAGAAAACGAUUGCUAGGAAUGAGAUACAAAGUCC